AUGACAUACGUUAACAUAACGGUAAAAUGGAAAAAUCAGGUUUUCAAUAACAUAGAGCUUGAUAUAUCUGAGCCGCUUAUAUUAUUAAAAACUCAGUUGUGGCAACUGACGAAUGUUCCACCUGAAAAACAAAAAUUAAUGUACAAGGGAUUAUUAAAAGAUGAUGUUGAUUUGUCUUUAUUGAACAUAAAAGAAAACGAUAAAUUUAUGCUUGUAGGUUCGGCAGAAGCUUUAAUUGAGAAACCAAAGGAUAUAAUAUUUGAAGAAGAUUUAUCGAAUGAAGAAAAACAAAAACUUCAUACAAAGGAAAAUAUUAUAUUUGAAGAACAGGGAAUAGUAAAUCUUGGAAAUACAUGUUAUUUUAAUGCUGUAUUACAAUUCUUAACAUCAUUUGAUGAUUUAGGAGACUUUCUUAGAAAUUACAAGACAAAAGAAAAUAAAUUAAUAAAAACAAAUAAAGAUAUAUUAUUUGAUUCAUUUAUACAAUUUUCUCAAUCAUUUGAGAAAUCAUCAGAACCAUAUGUUCCUAUGGCUUUGUUAAAAUCUUUUAGAGAUGUAUAUCCAAAAUUUAAAAGUGUAAAUUUAAGAACUAAGCAAUAUGCUCAACAAGAUGCUGAGGAAUGUAUGAAUGCUAUUUUAACUUGUUUAAAUGAACAAACAGAUAAUAAAAUUAUUGAUAAAUUAUUUUCUUUUCAAAUUGUUAGUAAUAUCAAAUUUUUGGAAACUGUCGAAGAAUAUGAACAAAGAGAAAAUAAAGAUGAAAAAAAGGAAGAAAUACAAAAUAAAAAUAUUGUCAUUAAUAAUGAUAAUAAUAAUAAUGAUAAUAAUCAAAAUCAAAAUGAUGCUAACACAAAUGAUAUAUCUAAUAAUAAUAUUGUUGAAACUACACAAGAAUUUAAUAAUAAACUAAUAUGUUAUAUGGGUACAUCUAAUACACCAGUAAAUCAUCUACAUGAAGGAAUACGUUUAUCAUUACAAGAGAAAAUACGAAAAAAUAGAAAUGAUGAUAAUAAAGAAUGUAUAUAUGAAAAAAAGUCAGAAAUUAAUUCUUUACCUCCUUAUUUAAUUGUACAUUUUUUACGAUUUGAAUCAAAAAAAAUUGUAGAAUCUAAUAGUGCUGUAUCUGUUGUUACAGCCAAAAUAUGCAGAAAAGUUUCAUUUCCUGAUACUUUUGAUAUGUAUGAUUUCUGUUCAGAAAAAAUUAAAGAUGAAUUAAAAAUUGCAAGAGAUGUCAUUAUGAAAAGAAAAGAUAAAGAAACCUCUUCAGAUGGUCAAAAGAAAAAUGAGAAAAAUAUACAAGAAAAUAAUAAUGACAAUCAAUCCAAUAAAAAUAACUCAAAUGAUAACCCUAAUGUAAACGAGCAUACAAAUCAAACAAAAGAAGAAGAACACAUUGAAUUACCUACAGGAGAAUAUGAACUUAUAUCUGUAAUCACACAUAAAGGAAGAAAUGAAGAAAGUGGUCAUUAUAUUGCUUGGAAAAAAAUGAAAAAAUUUAUUAAUUCAAAUUGUAAGUUAGAUGAAAAUGAAUCAAAUAAUAAAAAAAAUAAAAAUGCAAAUGAUUCCUUGUGGUUAAAAAUGGAUGAUGAUAAAGUCAGCACUCAUAAAUUCUCUUCCAUCGAUUUUUAUGGAGGAUGUAGUGAUUACAAUAUUGCUGUCUUAUUGUUAUAUAAGAGAAAAACUAUAUCCUGCACAACAGAUGAAAUAACUACCCAUAUGAAGCAAUAG